CAUUGUGUCCAAACAUCCAGCCAUGUUCAGGAGAGCUUCCGUUCGGCUUUUCGGACGAAGGCUCUCCUCGAGCUCCUCUGUGUGCGAUAAUCCUUUCGACCGUCUCACGCCUCUACCGAAAACGGGAUGUUCCGUCGUCGCUCUCGGCCAGCCGACGGCGGAAACCCAUCCACAUCUUGUCAGGGAUAAGCAAUGCAUACCGGGAUUCACAGCCGAGGAACUUUCAAAACGGAGAAAUGCCUUUUUCGCUCUGCUGUGCAAGCUUGAGCCGUCCGCAGAACGACACAUAGCUGUGAUUCCCUCGGCUACUAAAGUUUUCAUGACCGAGAAAAUACCCUUCAGCUUUCGCCAAAAUAGUAAUUUCUACUACCUUUGUGGAUUUUCUGAGCCGAAUAGUGUAUUGGUCAUCCAUGGGCAUAAAAAAGAGACUCCUAGAAGCGUACUAUUCGUGCCGAAGCAUGACCCAGCCAAUGAGCUCUGGGACGGACCUAGGACGGGCCCCUCCAGAGCUGUGAACCUGCUCAAGGUCGACGAAGCCUACGGGGUAGACGAGGUCGAAAAAUUCAUCUCUUCGUAUCCGACAGCCAAGCAAUGGUCCCAGCGGACAAACUUCCCGCUGGUUGAUCACCUUCUCAAAGAUUCGGAACCUUUCGAUCUUGCAAUCCAGAAGCUCCGUUUGAUAAAGAGUUCGGCAGAGAUAGACGUCAUGCAGAGAGCUGCCGAUAUAACUUGUGAGAGCCUCGUCGAGACAAUACGGUCGUCGCAUCCCUUUGUUCUCGAAAGUCAGAUGGCCGCGAAAUUCGAAUUCGAGUGUCGGAUACGCGGAGCCGAACGCCUCGCUUAUCCCCCGGUUGUCGCGGGUGGAGACCGCGCGAACAUCAUCCACUACAUAGCGAGCAAUCAAUGCGUGAUGGCGAACGACAUGGUGCUCAUGGAUGCCGGCGCAGAAUUACACCUCUAUGCGAGCGACGUGACUCGCACUUGGCCGGUGAACGGGAAGUUCACGCAAGCUCAGCGCGACGUUUACCAACUACUCGAAGAGGUCCACGGCAAGCUGAUGUUGUCGCUCUACCAGUUUGAAUACUACACACUGGACGACCUCUUUGAGCAGAUGUGUCUGCUCAUCGCGCGGGGCUUGCAGGAACUAGGAAUAGUCGAUCCAAAAUUGACGUCCGAAGCCGAGCUCCGCCAGGCAGGUUACCAGUUCUGCCCUCACCACGUAUCCCACUAUCUCGGCAUGGACGUCCACGACACGCCCCUUAUGCCGCGUCGGAUGAAACUUCAGAAAGGAAUGGUGGUCACCGUAGAGCCGGGCAUCUACAUACCUCGCAAGAACGCCAAAGUACCGAUGCGUUACCGAGGUCUCGGUCUGCGGAUAGAGGACGACGUGCAUCUGACGAGAGAUGGUCCGCGAAUUCUGAGUGCGAAGUGUCCGCGUUCUCUGUUAGAUAUCGAAGGUUUAUUCAAAUGAAAGUGAUAAUUGACGAAACAUUGAUCGUUUGCGUGUGGGAAAUCGAUCCCCAUAAUUCGGGCUCGGACUAAUGCAAUCUGUCGAGCGAUCUUGCGCUGUAUCAACCGAACUUGGAUAAAUAAUUAUUGAAC